UCAUAUCCUCUCUUCCAUAUUCUAAAACGCUCUCCUCUCUAAUUACUACUAAACAAAAAACAAAGAGAGUAAUUCCUUAGAGUUACAUAUAGAUAUUAAAAUGGGUGAGGGAAAAGGCAGCGUCUUUGCUAUCACUUUGUUGCUUUGCAUUUUCCUCAUCCAAUCUGAGAUUGCUCAAGCUAAAGUCUACACUGUUGGAGAUGCCAACGGAUGGACCUUUAAUGUCACUACUUGGACUAAGGGAAAGAUUUUCCGUGCUGGCGAUAUACUCGUAUUCAAGUAUCCUCGAUUGGGACACAACGUGGUGGCAUUCAAGAACAAAGUGGCAUACAAUUGGUGUCUAAAACCAAAAAAUUCAAAAGUAUACCAAACAGGAAAAGACAGAAUCAAGCUUGUCAAAGGAUACAACUAUUUCAUUUGCAGUUACCCUGGCCAUUGCAAAGCUGGAAUGAAGAUUGCCAUUAAAGCUAUUUGAGAUAUUAUUACUAUUAAUGUUUUGGACAAUAAUAAUGUGUGCUUGUUAUAAUGUUGUGUUUUCUUUUAAUUUUCACAUCAUUUUUCUAUGUUAUUUUAUAUAAUUAGAAGAAGAAGAGCAUAUUAUUAAUUGUACUAAUCAAUAUGUGGCCUUCUUGUAUGGAAGAAGGAGAGAAGGGGUUAAAAAGAAAACUAUUUGGCUUCUAUAUAUUACUAGUUGGUAACGCACAUUCAUUUUUCUUUUUACUUUACUAAAUUAGUAUAAAACUAUAUUUAUUUCUUCGUGAUUUUUUGAAAUACAUCUUUCAACUUCA